AUGGCAUCGGAGCCGGAGCAGAAGGAAGAGCCAGGUGAGCCUCUUGCAGAGGCUGCGCAGCCCCACGCAAUGGAGGCUGACGCGACGGACGUCCAAGUCGCUUUCCAGGAUGACCCUGAAGCAAGCAGCGCCAGCCAAGGAGGACCAGUGGCUGAAAGCAGCACAUCGCUCAGAGCAGCGUUUGAAGCAUCGCCCACGAACGAUGGGACUGUGAGGUGGGUUUCGGGCACACCCUGA